AAAAGAUAACGCGAUCUAUCGAUCUUUUUUACAAUCAAAAAAAUACCGCCGUCUUAUAGGCUUCAUGGCUAUAGUCGGAUAAAACUGACGUUUACAAACGAACGCGUCGACCGAAUCCACUCAUUUAUUUCGUUCACAAUAUUUACGACGGCGUUAUUAAUUGAACAUGUCAUUUUAAUUAUGUAAAUAAGUAUGGGUGAUAAUCAAUUUAAAUUAUGUGUUCCGAUCUCGUUCGCUUAAUUUAAUGUAAACAGAUAUUUAUCAGUAGUUUGUGGCGUUUUUACGGUGUUAAAAUAAAAGCUUUAUAUAUGUAAUGGUUUUUAUUGAAUACUUGUCGGUUGUGCUGCAGUAAAAUGGUUGAUAUUCUGCCUCAGUGGAACUUGAUAGAGUUCGUGACGGAUCGAUUUUAAUGGACCUCUGAUACCGACUUAUCAUACCAUUAUGGAAAGACACCAAAAUGGUAUGGAUGUGUGGGUAGGUCAAGGAAGGGUCAAUCAGCUCGGGGGAUUGUUCAUCAACGGGCGACCGCUACCGAAUCACAUUAGACUAAAGAUUGUGGAGAUGGCUGCGGCGGGAGUGCGCCCUUGCGUCAUCUCACGCCAACUUCGCGUCUCGCACGGCUGCGUUUCCAAAAUCCUCAAUAGAUACCAGGAGACUGGAUCAAUAAGACCAGGAGUGAUUGGUGGUUCAAAACCAAGAGUAGCAACCCCGGAGGUGGAGGCAAGAAUUGAGGAGCUCAAACGACAAAACCCCGGGAUAUUUUCGUGGGAAAUACGAGAAAAGCUACUUAAGGAGGGCGUGACAGAUCCACCCAGCAUUUCGUCCAUUUCUCGGUUGCUGCGCGGAGGCGCGAGAGACCCAGACGGAAAGAAAGAUUAUAGCAUUGAUGGCAUUCUUGGUGGUCGAGGGUCAGAUUCUUCGGAUAUAGAAUCAGAACCAGGUUUAACGCUGAAACGGAAACAGCGCCGAUCCCGAACAACUUUCACUGGGGAACAGUUGGAUGCAUUGGAGCGAGCGUUUCACCGUACUCAGUAUCCUGAUGUGUACACUAGAGAGGAGCUGGCUCUCCAAACUGGACUUACAGAAGCCAGAAUACAGGUCUGGUUCUCAAACCGACGGGCUCGCUUACGAAAACACACCGGUUCAAAUUCAACUCCAAGUCUCUCUGGUUACUCUAGUUUACCAAUACCACAAAUACCAUGUCCAUACCCAGCUGGCGAAAUUCCAUCUCAUCAUCACACACAGAAUCCUGAGGCUUGGCAUCAUCAAAAAUAUACCAACUAUAACCAACUCAUGGCACAGUCGCAACAUUUAAACCAAGCCUUCCAGAGUGCGGCUUUCCCAAGCACAUCUGGUUCUAGUUUCAGUCACCUAGUUAGUGGUGCAAAUGGAGCCACUCACAGCCAAAUAUUAGACACAGGAAUCCCCAGAAAUGACUACGCAAGAUAUCCUAAUGAUGUAUAUAGCAAACCUAUUAAUUACCUUCCAAAAGAAACAGAAGCUGAAGAUAAAGUAACUAGUGAAGAAGUUAUUGAUACCAGAGAGGACGCAUUUGUAAAAUCAGCUGCAGAUGAAUAUAAGACAUUACCAAAUAAUGAUUAUCCAAAAGUUCCUACUGAUUAUUCCAAAGUUUCGGUGGACCCAUCUUCAUCUGCGAAUUGGAGUCCUUCUCAAAACUCCCUAAAUAUGAGUUUAGCUGGUCUCUCCAGUGAAUAUAAAUAUAUGAAUGAUCCGUAUACAUUUCCGAAUAUUCCCGAUCCCCUUUCUCAACACAAUUAUCCAAAUCCACCUAAUAAUCCCACUAACAAAUAUUGGAUUUGACAAAUUUCUAUAAAAAUAAUUUCUAAUUGUUUAUAUAAAUAUAAGUUGUUAACACUAUAUAAAUUAAUUUUAGUAAUAGAUAUAUCAAAAAUUAUACAUAAAAGAAUACCUCUGUUCUGCAUUCCACAAUAUAGAAUUAAAUUAAAUAUGCUGCUUGUAAACCAAACAUUUGUAAAAAGUAGUUAGA